CUGGAAACCGGAAAUGCGCCUCCCCUCUGCCAGCGAUUACGUAAUGCUGAAUGGCCUGGACUGGAACACGGAUUACGAGAUCCUCGUGGUGGCGGAGAAUCAGCGGGGCCGAUCCGAGCCGUCCAUCACUUCCUUCAGAACAGCUUCCGAGCCCACCACCGUCCCAGCUACCCUGGGCUGCCAGUGCGUGUCUUGCAGUCUGGCGACUCUCCUGCUGUCAGCGCUGACUUUGCUCUGGCUCUCAUAAACUGAUUUUGUUCAAAGAGAAAGAGGAGAAUCUGGACCUUU